CGCGCGCGCCUGGGGGCGGCGCCUCCCGGCGGGGCUCGCGAUAACUGCGCAGGCGCCGCCAACGCUUCCUUUCCCGAGCCGCCGCCGAGAUGGCUGAAGUGGAGCAGAAGAAGAAGCGGACCUUCCGCAAGUUCACCUACCGCGGCGUGGACCUGGACCAGCUGCUCGACAUGUCCUAUGGCACCCCACCCUCCCGCCCGCAGCAGCAGCUGAUGCAGCUCUACAGCGCCCGGCAGAGGCGCCGCCUGAACCGCGGCCUGCGGCGCAAGCAGCACUCGCUGCUGAAGCGGCUGCGGAAGGCCAAGAAGGAGGCGCCGCCCAUGGAGAAGCCCGAGGUGGUGAAGACGCACCUGCGGGACAUGAUCAUCCUGCCCGAGAUGGUGGGCAGCAUGGUGGGCGUGUACAACGGGAAGACCUUCAACCAGGUGGAGAUCAAGCCAGAGAUGAUCGGCCACUACCUGGGCGAGUUCUCCAUCACCUACAAGCCGGUGAAGCACGGCCGGCCCGGCAUCGGCGCCACCCACUCCUCCCGCUUCAUCCCCCUCAAGUAGCCGCGGCCAAUAAAGACUCUGUUUGCUUCCUGG